AUGUUUGUUGUUGAUGCCCUUGAUGAAUGCACAUCUGAACCUGAGCUUACCGAUCUCAUCCUUUCCCUUGCACAGGCUCUUCAUGACCCUGGUCUUCCUGUGACCCACAUUCUGCUCACAAGUUGCUUGGAAACCCAUAUCUCUGAAGCCUUUCAGAAUGAAGAAGUGUGCCUGUUGUUGUGUGAAAUCCCAGUGAAAACUUCUGGGGAGGGCGUUGCUACUAUCAUCUUGCUCAAUGGCACUGAUGUCAACACAGAUAUCUAUGUUUUCUUGUGGCAUUCAUUUGCAAAGCUGACAAGUCACCAUCCCAAUUUUCCUCAGCCAAUGAGGGAUGAACUCAUGCAGCUGGCGAGCCACGCUGGCAGACACUUCAUCAUGGCAUCUAUAAUGGUGAAGUUUAUUAUUGACAGUGAAGACAAGGAUCCCUGUGAUCAGUUACAGCUGAUGCUUGAGCUGAUGAGUGAACUGCUAGCAGGAAUGGAGGUAUACAAGUUAUACAACCAUAUCCUCUCCACAUGUGCCGACCCCAAGUGGGCAUACCUGCACUUGUCCAUUGUUGCUGCACUCGCAGACCCUCUUCCCAUCUCACAAAUCUUAUCACUUCUUGGCCCUGACAUAGAUCCCAUCAUAUUCCCACGCUUUCCGGACCUAUUUCCGGACCCCAUAUCCAACUCAUUCCUGGAUCCCCUAUCCUGUCCACCCUAUGCACAUUCCAUCCAGCAAGACAUCCAGACUUUACCUCCUCUCGGAUUCUGGACUACAUCCACCACCUCACAUAUCUCAGUCCUGUUUCCGCCCUACCUUCUGGAUCCCCAGAUCUCUGGACCUCCGGAUAUUAACUGUACUAUCUCCGGACCUAUUCCCACCCUCUAUCCGAGAUCCUGCACCUAUCCCCAUUUAGGCAUCUCCGCCUUUCCGGUUCUCGGUUAUCUCUGUUUCCGUCUUGCUGAUUGA